ACACUAGCAGAAACAAACAUCCCUUCGCCGUAAUUAGUAAUUUUAUAAUGUAUAAUAAAAUUGUAGUAACUAAACCAAUUCCAAAUUAAAUUGAACUUUAUGAAUUUAUAUUUACAAUUUAAAUAAGUAACCCUCUGCAUUUCUCCACCUGCAGCAUGGCGGAAGAGAAAGAUCCAUCGUGUACGCCGGUCUACUAUGUCGGUGGUUCUGAAAGAACAAGACAUCAUAGUGAUCCAUCAUCAGAUUCUACUUGUAUUCCUUUAGCCCCAGCUGAAGAUUAUAGCACUUUUGAUAUUGUAAAAGCAACUCAGUUUGGAAUUUUUGAAAGAUGCCAAGAAAUUAUUGAAGGUGGCUAUGACGUCAAUAGACCUGAUUCAGAAAAUGUUACCCUACUACAUUGGGCUGCAAUUAACAAUCGCCAAGAAAUUGUUAGGUAUUAUAUUUCUAAAGGAGCACAUGUUGAUACUAUUGGUGGAGAACUCCACUCUACACCUUUGCAUUGGGCCACAAGACAAGGACAUUUAGCAAUGGUAGUGCUUUUAAUGCAUUAUGGAGCUGAUCCUUCACUUACUGAUGGAGAAGGUUGUCAGUGCAUUCAUUUAGCUGCACAGUUUGGUCAUACAUCCAUUGUUGCUUAUUUAGCAGCUAAAGGGCAAGAUGUUAAUGCUGCAGAUAGAAAUGGGAUGACUCCCUUAAUGUGGUCUUGCUAUCGUAUAUCCACAAAUGAUCCCACAAGAUUGCUUUUAACUCUUGGGGCUAGUCUUACCAUGGUGGAUCACCAUCAUCGAAAUACACCACUUCAUUGGGCAGUAUUUGCUAGAAAUACUAAUGCAGUAAAUCUUCUUCUAAAGGCUGGAGCUAGUGUUGAUGAGAAAAAUGCUGAAAAAGAUACUCCAAUCACAAUGGCUAAAAGAUUGAACCAAACCUAUAUUCUAAAACGUCUAGAAGAAGCAAGAAGGGAUAGAGAAAAGAAGCCUUAUUGCCUAUCAAUUUAUAGGGAUAAAAAACUUCGAUAUGGCUGCAUGGUGGGAUCACCGUUUAUAGUAUUUUAUGUUAUUGGUGCUUUACUAGAAAGUCGUGAAUCUUAUCUUGUAAAAGCUGGUCUGCUACUGAUUCUUACUCUUACAAUUUCAGUUGCUGGCAGGUUAUUGUUUGAUGAUAGAAUUUUGAAUAUACUUCCAAUAUCUGUUUAUCUUUCUACAAAGUUUUGGAUGUAUAUAACUUGGUUUAUGUGGUUUCAUCCCUAUGUUGGAGACAUUUGGAGAACUUUAGGUUUUAUGGUGUGUUCAAUGUUCCUGUUUUACUCAUUUAUCAAAGCUUGGAAAUCUGAUCCUGGUGUUAUUCAAAGUACACCAGAAAAAAGAUUUAGGACAAUUAUUGAAUUAGCUGAAAAAGAUGGCUUCCAUCCAAAUUGGUUCUGCAGCUCCUGCCUUGUUCGCCGCCCUCUACGAUCAAAGCAUUGUUCCGUUUGUAAUAAAUGUAUAGCACGUUUUGAUCAUCAUUGUCCAUGGGUUGGAAAUUGUGUUGGUCUAGGAAAUCAUAAAUAUUUUGUUCUUUAUUUGUUCUGGCUUCUUGUCAUGAUAAUUUGGUGUUUACAUGGUUGCUUUAGAUUUUGGAAAUUUAAUGUGGGAAGUGAGGAUAUGCCCCUUUCCAGCUAUUUAUGGCAAGCUGUUCAUACUAGUGGCUGGGUUAGUUGGAUAGCGGCAAAUGCUUGCUUACAUGGUUUUUGGGUUGGUUGUUUACUUCUGUGUCAAUUAUAUCAAGUAGUGUGGUUAGCUAUGACAACAAAUGAAAGAAUGAACUGCUCAAGAUAUCGACAUUUUAAACGAGAUAAGAAAGGAGUUAUAAGAAGCCCAUUCCAUCGAGGAGCCUUCCAAAAUUUUCUAGAUUUUUGUGAAUGGCAGUGUUGUGGACUUUUCAAAAUAGACACUAGAGACUGGAAGCAAGUGUAUGAUUCUGACGAUGAAGGUGAAGCAUCUACAUUAAUCCGGUCUGAGCACCAUUAUAUUUAAAUUUAGUCAAAUUUUAUUAUAAAGAAAAAUUGUAUUAUGGUGAGUAAUUCAUUACAAAAAUUGUCAAAUGAAAGUGUGGUUAUUAGUCAAGGAUUGUAUGUGGACAAAAAAAAAAAAAAGUGUGCUAGUUAUUAAAACUAACCAUUUGUAUGUUAAUCCAUAUUCUCUUUGAAGAAGUAAAUACAAAACUUGAUUUUUCCAAGGAUGCUUCUGUGUAUGCCUUCAUGACUAUGUAUAGUUUAUUUAUUUUGUAUCCAUUACAUAGAGCCAUUUUGUUAAAAUAUUUUCCAGAUGUGUGCUGUAGAUAGAUAUCUUGCUUGCUGCAGAAUUUGAAUACAAUUUAUUUUUUGUGUUCAUACUUUUUAUACAUUGUAUGUGGCUCUUGUGAUACUAAGUUAAGCCAGAUCUUUUCUGGCAUCUUAUGCAAUUUCACUCAUUCAUUUUUUCAUUGUGUAUACAUUAUCAUUUGCCAUCUCUCUCUUUAAUCUUAUAUAGCAUCAACUGUUAAAAUAUUUUAGCACUCAUACAGGUACACUAUGAAUAAACAACCUGUCUUGAAUUCAUUCGCAAGUUUGUAAUACUCAGGAGGUUGUAAAAUACAAUGUGUGUUUGUCUUUUUCAACUCAUAAGUCACCACUGUAAUUGUAUUUUUAUAUGUCUUGUCACUGCACUUUGAUGCCAAGCAGCACUAGAGACUCAAAUUAUUUUGUUAUUUUACAGUAUUAAGUUACUUUGAAAAAUUUGUUUGACCAUGUUCUGUUUUGCUGCAAGUUCAAGAAACUUGCUAUGUCACAAUUUAGGUCAUUUCAAGUCAUUAUAUCAUUUUUUUUUUUUCAAAAAUUUAUGUUUAAAAUAAGCAGAAUGUUGUAACAUUUGAUGAUCAGUUAUUGAAUUCAUCUAUUCUGUUUUCCUGCUUUAUUAUAUUGUGAUAGAAUAUAUAGUAAAAUAGGAAUGUAUAUCAAACAACUUUGGUAGUAGUGAAAUCAAUAUGAUAUAAAAAUGUUUAUGCAAUAUUAGUGAAAAAAAAUUAAGAUCCUAUAUCAAAUGCUAUUGAUUUGUUUGAUGCCUCUUUUCUAAAACAGUUUAAUAUAUUUUUCUCUAAUUUUUAUUUUGCCUCAAAAAUAUUGUCAUAUGUGGUGUUCUUUGCUUACCAAAAUGUCCAUCAGAUUUCACUUUUUUUAAUGUGUUGAGACUUGAGAAAUUUUAUUCGAUAUUUAAAUAUGAAUAAAUUUUUAUUUUAUUAAAAAAUGUGUUUUUUUAUUCAAAUGAAAAUAGCCCAAAUAAUCCAUGUCUCAAUAUAAAAUAUAUUUUUGUUAGACAUUUAUAUAUGUGUAUGUUAAUUGUAUUGUAUAAUGCUGUAGUCUAAAAGUGGUUAAGAGAUUUUAGUAACCAUUGAUUCUCAAAUGUUGUUUCAUUUUAUUUUAUUAUUUUGUUUUAUCCAUGCAGUCACAUUUCUAACUUAAAACUGCAGCAUAACUGAAUUUUUUUUGUGGCCAUAAUUUCAUAUUUUUAAUUAGAGUAAAAUAAAUAAAUAAUGUUUUACAUUUAAUGCAAGAAAUAUUAUAGAUAUGUCUACUCUUAGAAAAAGCACAUGAAUGUGUUUCUACACAGCUUCGGUAAACAGAGUAUCAGAUUGCUUUAGUGUGUUUUGUAAAUAAAAAUAUUUGCAUCAUAUUUUCUUUUUUAGUUUAAAUUUGUGAUAUUUUAUUCAGUGCAUUUGAGCUUUUACUUCAGAUUUACCUGUGUCUUCAAAGUAUUUGCUUGCUGUCAUUAUAGAAUGCUUUUUUUCUUUAAAAAAAAGAAAAUGACUGUUUGAUAUCAACAAAACAUUUUUUAGUUUCACAUGAGAGUACCAUAGAGUUUUCUAUGUUUAUGAACUGUUUAUCUAAAGAAAUAAUUCCCUGAUAUUCAGCAUUUUCUGAUAACUGAUUAUUACUAUUGUCAAUUAAGCUCCAUUUUAUAUCUUUCAAAACUAUAAAUUUUGUUUUGAUUGAAUUGUAUACCAAUAUGAAAGAGAGAAGUUAUGAAAAAAAAAUUUAGACAGUGUCUUUAUUAAAAGAGCUUUUGGCACAAAACUUUCAUUUUCAUGCUUAAAAUGUUACAUAUAUUUUCAUUUUCGUUCAAAAAAAAAAAAAAAAAUCUGUUGUUUACAUUGAAUAAUGUUUUGAAUAAAAUAUCCGUACAUACAAUGAAAAUAUAUUUUCAUUUUUAACUUAUUAACCAUAGAGAGCUGAAUGAAACAUACAGUAUCUCUCACUAAUGAGGCGUGACUGUGUUUACAACUUAUUUCCAUUCUGAACUUUUUACCCAGUGAAAAUGGAUUUUAAUAGCCAAUUCUUUUAAUUAUAGAUUUAGAGGUUAAAAUUCAUGAGUAUUUUUUAAGUGCUUUACUAUUUUUUAUAUUUUAUUAAUAUUAUUGUCUGAAAAAUUCUUUUUUUUAUU